UUCAACAUAUUUAGUUUGCAAAACUCUCCAUAGAAAUUCACCCCUUCAACUUCUGAUACUGCAUACAUAAUUAGCAAACUCAGAAGUAAGGAAUUAAGGAAAAUGGAGGAGCCUUUGUUGCCGAAACUGAGCAGCCAGAAGGAGGAGGUGAUAGCAGCAUGGUCAAAGAGUAGCAGUUUUCUUCAAGAUCUUAAGAAGGUGAGUAUGAUGGCAGGACCAAUGGUGGUGGUGACUGUGUCUCAGUUCUUGCUGCAAGUUGUGUCUUUGAUCAUGGUUGGACAUCUCGAUCAACUCUCUCUUGCUGGUGUUGCCUUAGCCACCUCCUUUGCAGAUGUCACCGGCUUUAGCAUUCUGAUAGGACUGGCUGGUGCUUUGGAAACUCUAUGUGGCCAGUCAUUUGGUGCAGAGCAAUAUCACAAGCUUGGAAGCUACACAUUCUGUGCAAUAGUCUCUCUGAUCUUAAGCUGCAUUCCAAUUUCAAUCCUAUGGAUCUUCAUGGACAAAUUGCUUGUUCUUUUGGGGCAAGACCAUGCAAUUUCACUAGUGGCUGGAAAAUACUGCAUUUGGCUCAUUCCCUCACUCUUUGGCUAUGCUGCUCUUCAAGCUUUGAUUCGUUAUUUCCAGACUCAGACUCUGAUCUUUCCCAUGCUUGUAAUCUCAGUCAUUGUUUUAAUUUUGCACAUACCCAUCUGUUGGGUAUUGGUGUUUCCAUUUGGCCUUGGUAGAGAUGGAGCAGCAUUAUCCAUUUCAAUUUCAUAUUAUCUUACUGUCAUAUUAUUUGGACUUUAUAUCAAAUAUUCUCCAGCAUGUCAGAGAAGUAAGAUAGUCAUAGGGAUGAUUCCUCUAAGUAGCAUCAAAGAGUUCUUCUUCUUAGCCAUCCCUUCAGCUCUUAUGGUUUGUUUGGAGUGGUGGUCCUUUGAGCUGCUAGUAAUACUUGGUGGACUUUUGCCAAAUCCCCAACUUCAAACCUCCGUUCUGUCAAUUUGCCUUAACCUUUGCAACCUGCACUUUUUCAUUCCAUAUGGAGUUGGUGCUGCAGUAAGUACACGAGUUUCAAAUGAGUUAGGGGCAGGGAAACCAAAGGAAGCUAGAGAUGCUAUUUUUGCUGUGAUUAUUCUAGCAACUUUAGAUGCCAUAAUCCUUAGCUCUGCACUCUUUUGCUGCCGUCAUGUGUUGGGAUUUGCAUUUAGCAAUGAUUUGGAAGUUGUCCAUUCUGUUGCAAAGAUAGUUCCCCUCCUUUGUCUCUCUGUCUGUGUGGAUAGUUUCCUAGGAGUUUUGAGUGGGGUUGCCAGAGGCGCUGGAUGGCAGAAGAUAGGGGCAGUUACUAACCUUUUAGCAUACUAUGCUAUUGGUAUCCCUGUGGCUCUCUUGUUGGGUUUUGUUCUGAAGUUAAAUGCUAAAGGCCUCUGGAUUGGAAUAUUGACAGGGUCUACAACACAAACUCUUGUGCUUGCCUUGUUAACAGCAUUUACAAAAUGGGAAAAACAGGCACCCUUGGCAACAGUGAGAACAUCUGAGUCUGAUGCAGCUGGUUCUUAAGCACAUAUAGUUUGAUAAUGAUACUUUAGACAUUUAAAGUUUAAACACUUAGACACCCCACAACAUCCAAAUUUUUCCUCUAUUUCUAUUUUUUUUAUCGCACCACAUCAAAUUCUUAGUUCGGAUGUCAGCGGGGUGUGUGCUCUAUGCGGAUUUGGUAUCCAAAUGUUUAGAAGUAACUUUGUAGGAGUGAAAUAGCAAUAUAGAACAUAUAUUAAUUAUAGAUAUUUGAGUUUCUUUUGCA